AUGGCCUCCAGAAAUCCACCAAAUCAGUUUUCAAAAGAGAUUCCAAGGAAAUCUGGCGAUGGGAAAAAGAAUGCCCCCAUCCAUUCUGAGAAUGCUAGAACUUCAUUCGAUCCUUCUACUUCUGAUACAGUUGAUGACACAGACAACGGAAUUAACAGGGCUGAGAAAUCUUACAUAAAUAAACUUCUCAAUACGAAACUCGUCGAAACACAAGCUUGUGACAUUGAGAUGCUCCGUGAAGAUCCGUCAAAUCCAUUACAUUCAGUUAAAACCUUCCAGGAUUUAAACUUAGAUCCGCAAUUGUUAAAGGGAAUUGCAGCACUUGGAUUUAAUAAGCCUUCCGCUAUUCAGGAGAAAGCCCUCCCAUACCUUAUUGGUGAUAAGCCUAGUAAUAUGAUCGCUCAAUCCCAGUCGGGUACGGGGAAGACGGCAACUUUUCUUCUGGCAAUGCUAAGCCGUGUUGACGUCAACCUGGAGCGUUGUCAAUGCCUCUGCUUGGCUCCUACUCGUGAGCUAGCUGUCCAAAUUGGUACUGUUUGCCGAAAAAUGUCCCGCUUUUUACCUCAAAUAUCUAUUGGUUUGGCCAUUCGAGAAGAAAUACCGCCCGUUGACAAUAGCGGUUAUGUAAAGAGCCAGAUUGUUAUCGGAACGCCAGGAACAAUGACCUUCUGGGCACGAGGUACGGGGUCCUAUCGUAUCGAUCUCCAGUGCAUCCGAAUGUUUGUUCUGGACGAGGCUGAUAUCAUGAUGGAAGAGUCAGGAUUUCUGCAUACGUCAAGGAGACUAGUUAAGAAGCUCCCGACAAAUUGUCAACUCCUCCUCUUUUCGGCAACUUAUGAUGAGGAGGUUAUUGAAUUUGCUCGAGCAAUCAUACCCAACCCGGUGGAAUUUAGAGUUCGGCGCAAUCAGCUGACGCUGGCUAAUAUCAAACAGGUCUACAUCUACGCAAAUACAAUCGAUGAUAGGUAUGAUCGACUUGCUGAAAUCUACGGCUAUUUCCAUGUCGGCCAGGCCAUUAUAUUCUGCGCGACUAGGCGUGAAGCGAAUUGGCUGCAGCGUCUCCUCACGCGUGACGGUCAUAAAGUAGGCCUUCUAUCUGGUGAACUGGAUGUGCGUCAACGGGAAGCUGUCAUCGAGACCUUCCGGAAGGCCGAUUUCCGUGUUCUCAUCACCACAAAUCUCUGCUCCCGUGGCUUAGAUAUUCCUCAGGUAAAUCUGGUAAUAAACUGGCGCUUGCCAUUGGACAGGCAAGGGAAAGUCGAUUGUGAAACCUACCUUCAUCGUAUCGGUCGUUCUGGGCGGUUCGGAAAAGGCGGUCUAGCUAUCAAUUUUGCUGGUCCUGAUGACGAGGGUUUACUGCGACAAAUUGAAAAUCAUUUUGAUAUUACAGUUCCACUCUUGACUCAUGAAGCUCUGGAUGAUUUGUGA